UUCCCCCAAAAAAUAAAUAAAAUCUUAGUUCUUCCUUUUGGCGGAAGUCUUAUCUCCCUCCUCCGAUAUUUUCUCUUUUUCCUCUCAAUCUCUCCGUCUAGGGUUUUCUCUUAGUUCUGACUAAAGAUUUCAAAAAGAAAAAUAAAAUGUCGAGUGCUUUAGAGAUGUCGCUAGACGACCUCAUCAAGCGCAGCCGUAAAUCGGGAUCCGGAAACUCCCGCGGUCGCGGACGUGGAUCCGGACCGGGACCUGCCCGCCGCUUUCCUAACCGCCGCGCAAAUCGCUCUACACCGUAUACGACAGCUAAGGCGCCGGAGACGUCGUGGCAGCACGAUAUGUAUUCGGAUAAGGGAGCGGCGUUCCGAGGACAAGCAGGUCGGGCCUCCGCAAUUGAAACUGGAACGAAACUUUACAUAUCUAAUUUAGAUUAUGGUGUUUCCAACGACGAUGUCAAGGAAUUGUUUUCUGAGGUCGGUGAUCUAAAACGAUUUACAAUCCAUUACGAUAGAAGUGGAAGAUCGAAGGGAACAGCAGACGUUGUCUUCUCUUUCCGAACAGAUGCUCUGGCUGCAGUCAAGAGAUACAACAAUGUUCAGCUCGAUGGGAAGCCAAUGAAAAUUGAGAUUGUUGGAGCAAACAUUUCUACUCCUGUUGCACCUUCAGCUGCUAAUGGCACCUUUGGAAAUUCAAAUGGAGCCACUAGAGGUGGCCAAGGCAGGGGUGUUGGGUUUGGCAGGCAACGUGGUGGUAUUGGAGGCCGUGGCUCUGGAAGAGGUCAUGGACGAGGAAGGGGCCGCGGAGAAAAGAUUUCUACAGAAGAUCUUGACGCUGACUUAGAGAAGUAUCAUUCUGAAGCAAUGCAGACUAAUUGAACUUCUCUUGUUCUAUUGGUCGGUUUUGAGUCUUUUCUUCUAUGGGCUUUAUGUGCUUGAUACCCGACUGUAUUGUGUAUCUCUACCAAAACCAUACUAUUUAGAGGAACUAUUGAUGAAGAGAACUCUUAGUUUCUUAAUUUAUGGAGUUUGGGCUUUUACUCUUAGUUGUUCCUUUGACAUGGGUAUAAAGGGUGUGGUCGGUGGAAAGAUCUUUGUAGUCUGCCAUAGUGAUUUUGGUUUCAUUGAAACUGCCUCACCCCACAAGUUGGGAUCAAAAGGCAACUUUUUCUCUUGGUUUUCCAUAUGUUAAGGGAACAUUGGCUGCAUGCUGUGGGAGGAUUAAUGUUGCCGUUGGCCCGAGCUGCAUUGCCUUUUGGUUGCUCCUGCAUUGCAAAACCAGGGAGAUCGUAAGUGAGGUAGAUUUCUUUAUGAUCUUUCUCUUAUGGAUUCUUUAUUAGCUGUUCUGGAUUUCAUCUUUUGUGUUGUCAGUGAUGCAAUUCCUUUCCCUGUUUAGGCACUUAGGUAUUAAAAGUUACUUCACUUUGUUAUAUUGUUUGCGAAUGGAAUAUGCUUUCUCCUUUAUCUAUUGUGGCUGCUGAUGUGGCUUACUGUAGUCAAUUGUUGUAGAAUCUCUCUGGUUCAGUUCAUCCAGUUGGCUUCUCGAUGGUGAAAAAAAGGUGUCUGAAGUCUCAAAGUCUCAGCAUAUGACUGCUUUUUUAUUUGGGGUCAGCUAGAACGUGUACCCUUGCUCUUAACCUCUUUUAUACUAGGUCAAGAGCUAAGAUUGAAAAAUGGUUGAAUUUACAUAAUGUUUAAUUUCGUUCCGUGAGCUUGCUAUGCUAUUUCUAGGAGCAAAUGGCUUUAGCUCCAGGCUAUGGUAAAGAGAACACGCUUAUUUGCGAUGGUAUUGGUUCUUCUUAUGGUUGCCAUCUCCUUAUGAGUUGCCGGUCCCUUAUCUUUUCUUUAUUGAUAUACAAGUUUUGACCUAGUGCUGCUCUUAA